AUCGAAUGGCCGAGUUGUUUCGUAUUGCUUAUUUCGUCAGUAAAAGUAAUAUAAACUUAUUUUUAACUAUUUUGAGUAUCUUCUAAUCGUUAUUUAUCAAUUGCGCGUAUUCAUUUUCAUAUGUGCAAGUGUUUUUUUUUUAUCCGCACCAUGUUCAACCGCGAGUGCGUUACGAGUUCAUUGCCUUAUGUAAAACUCGAAAUGGUGUUUCUUCCGUGAGUGCCCGAAAUAUACGGUGACUUCUGUAUGAUGUGCGAGUGUUGUGAUCAGGGUUUGUUAAAUUGAAUGUUAAAAUGUCUAAUUCGACGGCGCAAGUGUUGAUGAAGAAGGGCAAAAGGGGAGCUGCUGCAUACAUCCAUGCUGAUUGCGCUAGUGGGCCCCCACAGCACUUGGGGCCCUUGUUGGAUGUGCUGCUGAACCCUAGCAAGAACAUCGAUGAUUGGGAGACGAUCGACUGGUGCCGGUGGCUGAUAGCUGGUGGCCGCACGCCAGACGAGUUUGCGACAGUUGUGCGAAGCUACGAUAAGCACGACAAAUGCGGGUUGGUGUGGAUACCGCGCGUGGUGGCAUACCGGUGCCGCACGUGCGGCAUCUCCCCCUGCAUGUCCAUCUGCCGGGAGUGCUUCCACAGGGGGGACCAUUCGACCCACGACUUUAAUAUGUUCCUGUCACAGGCCGGUGGAGCUUGUGAUUGUGGGGAUAACUCUGUCAUGAAAGAGGAUGGGUUCUGCAGUAGUCACGGCAACAAGUGUCCACGACCGGGCACAGCGCCCGCCGAGCUCAUGUGCGUUGCCGAAGCCAUGAUGCCGAGGCUCAUAUUGAGGCUGCUACAACACUUUCGAGAGAACAGCACGAGUCCGCAAGCGUCACCGUCAAACAUGUAUCGCGUAGCAGUUCACGAGUGCGAGGGUUUCGUUCAGAUGCUGAUGGAGUUCAACAACAUGGGUGACCUGAUGAGAGGCGCUAUGACCAAGGCGCUCAUCAAUCCACAGAUGUACCGCAACCUGGUGGACCCCCCAUACCCGGAGACGCCGUACGGAUGCUACAUGGCGGAAUCGCGCGAGAUGUACGACAGGGCCAUAGAGUCUUUCCCAGCGCCUGAACCGCCUGACGAAUAUCGUAACCUGCCGGCACUAGCGCCUCGGCUCCAACACAACACGUUGCUCGACGAGUUCAUAUUUUGGACGUUCAAGUACGAGUUUCCACAGAACAUCGUCUGCUUUUUGCUCAACAUGUUGCCCGACCAGGAUUACAAGGAACACUUAACGCGCACAUUCGUUAUGCACUACGCUCGCAUCCCACUCGUCCUGGAAGCAGCUGCAGACCCCGACACGCUGUCCAACCGAGUUGUGCACAUGUCCGUCCAACUUUUCUCCAACGAGGCCUUGGCAUUGCGCUGUGUACAGCAGCUCCACUUAUUACACGUUAUGGUGUUAUCUUUACGACUUAUGAUGGGGAAGAUAUUAGUACAAAACACUUUACAUGACAGUGAUAAGAAUUUUCAUUACGUCAUUGAUUGUACGAAGAGAGUAAUGAAGGAACACUGCUAUUGGCCUUUAGUAUCGGAUUUUAAUAACGUGCUGUCGCAUAAGCGAGUCGCGUUACUGUUCUUGCAGGACGACGCCUUGGUCGAUAUGUGGUUCGAGUUUUUGAGUAUGUUGCAAGGCAUGAACGUGAACGUGCGCGAGGUGGGCGGGCACAUCGAGUUCGAGCCGUCGUCGUACUACGCGGCGUUCUCGUGCGAGCUGGAGGCGGCGGCCUACCCCAUGUGGUCGGUGCUGAGCCACCUGACGGAGCCGCCGCACGCGCCGCUGGCGCGCCGCAUCAUCGCCGCCGCGCUCACCUACCUGCAGGACUGGCUGGACGCCGUGCACUUCACCGCGCCGCACAUGGAGCGGACGGAAAUAAUGCACGCCUCAUUCCACUUCCCCUUGCACCGAUACUUGGCCGCGUUCCUGUGCGCCGGGGUGCGCAGCAUGGGCAUCAAAGCCGCCGACGUUCUACCACCGGCUGAUCUACUUGCGUUGCUGGCUGUACACCCGCUCAGGGUCCAGGCGUUGUUCUACGAGAUCUUAGCAGGAGUAUGGGUGCGCAACGGCCUGCAGAUCAAAGGGCAGGCGAUGACGUACAUUCAAGCGAACUUCUGCAACUCAAUGGUGGACAUGGAUAUUUACUGGCUGCAAGUCUGCGCUGCGCAUCUCCAGGCUGAUCAGUUCUUAGACAUGUGCAUUGAUAUGUUCGGGGUACGCGAAUGGCUAAGUAUGUCGCCCAUGUCGCCGGUACAGGCGGCAGAGCAGGACGCGAUGGUUGAAGGACUGCUGACCUUCCUUGCUAUCCUAGUCUCUUCUAGAACUAACCUUGGUAACGACGAACUAACCCAGUCAAGAUUAGAAGUAAGCACGUUGCUAGCAGCUGGCGAUAAAACACACUCACAGCUGUUGGAGCUCAUGCCCGAGAGGUCCGGCAAUGCACACACGAGAAAUUUUGAGACUGUACUUAAAGAGUUAUCAACCUACCGUCCACCGCCUAAAGGGUCAGAAAACCUUGAACAAGGUUUGUUCGUACCAAAACCGAUUGUUUGGCAGCAAUACUACGACCCUUUACAUGUAUUACGUCGCGCUGUACAUCGGAGGGACUUCCACGCUUCCAUGGAGCGGUUUACUGCUUACGUCCGCGAGAAACAAAAGUCGGAGGGUACGUCGUCGAGCGGGGGCUCGGACGGCGCGAGCACCAGUGACGGCACCGCGUCGGCGUCCGGCGCGCUGUGGCCGCCGCUGCGACCCGCGUCGGCCGCGCCGCCGGGCGCCGGCGACCCCAGAGGCAUCUGCGCUUCAGGCGUGCUGCACGGCGCGCUGCUGGCCGUGCUGCACCGCGGCGUGCACCGGCGCCAGCGGCAGCCCGAGGCCACGGCGCCGCACGCGCCGCCAGACCACGUGCUGGCGCUGGCCGUCUACCUGCUGGACGUGGCCGCCGAGCUGGCGCACGAAAGGGCCAAGCAGCACAACCGCGACGUGUGCGUGGCCGGCGGCGAGGGCGGCUCGCGCUCGUCGCCGUGCGUGGCCGGCGUGCCGCUGCUGGGCGCCUUCGCGGGCUCGGCCGUGUGCGACAACGCGCGCACCUUCGUGGCCUCGGUGCCGCCCUACGCGCCCAAGCACGACCCGCAGCACGUGUACCCCGCCACCUACCACUCGGACAGCGACACGGAGUGGGAGCCGCCCGCCGCCGCGCCGCCCGGCCCGCUGCCCGCGCCCGCGCCGCCCGCGCCGCAGCCCAGCACGGCGCUGGCCGUGCCGCCGCCGCUGCAGGUCUCGCUGGCCGCGCAAUACGUGGUACGUGGAGACUCGAUGCCCGAUGACCAGUCUGACGCAGGUGGUGACGCGCCACAAAUACGAGCUCUCGAGGGCGCCGAUACCCAAGCCCUGGCGUUGCCGGAUGCAGAUAUGGAAUCUGACCUGCAGAUCGCCUUGACCUCUGAUGCUGAACCUGAUACCCCGCCCAUCGUGACUAUCGAAUACGCAAUGGAACCAGACUGGGGUGCAGUGAUGACGCUUCGCCAACAGACGAGUCAGUCGCCCUCUAGGACACCCGCUUUGCCCGCACCCGAAGAAGACGUCAAACCUUCGCCUGACACACAGGUGGAACUCCACACACAGCGCGCGGAUGAGUCCAUACCGGUGAACGAAUCGAUCAUCUCACUUCUACUCAAGUUGCAUUCUCAACUGUCGGGACGUUUGGAUUCUUUCUCGCUGGAUGAGCCUGCUCCAGUCACACAGGAGCCUAUUGGUGACGGUCCACACUUCAUCGGCCAAGUACUUCGCAAACUGGCAAGACUGGACGCGCGCUGCGCGGCGGCCAUUGGUCACGUGCGGCAUUCGCUAUGGCCCCACCAGAGAGAACGGCAGGCCGAACAGCGGGCUCGGGAAAGAAGAGAAAAAGAAGAACGCUCACGCCGCGCCAAAGAACGACAGCAGCAACUGAUGCGUGAAUUCCAAAGACGACAACAGCAGUUUAUGUCCGCCAUGCAGAGCAUGGACGGCUCGGAGGGGGGCGGCAUGGAGUGGGAGGAAGAGGAGGCCGUUGAAAAGGACUAUGACUGUGUUAUUUGUAAUACCACUGCGCCUACUAGUGCGCAGGAUCCUAUUGGGCUUGUGGUGCUUUUGCAGUCGACGUCGGUGCUGGGCCACCGGCGCUGGGCGGGCAGCGGCGACGCGCGCCUGGCGCUGUCCGAGGCCGAGCGCGCGCGCCUGGCGCAGCAGCACGACACCACGGCCGCCGCGCACCACUACCGCCUGCACGACGACUUCUACCAGCACUUCGACAUGGAGUCGUGGCUGCUGGGCGUGAGCGUGGGCUGGGAAGGCGGCGUGCACGUGCAGUCGUGCGGACACCACCUGCACCUGCGCUGCCUGCAGGCCUACCUGCGCUCGCUGGCCGCGCCGCAGCGCCCGCACAACCUGCACGUCGACCGCGGGGAGUACCUCUGUCCCGUCUGCAGGCAGCUGGCCAACAGCGUGCUGCCACUGGCGCCCAACGGGCCGCGGGUGCCGCGACCGACCGCGCCGGCCGCCCACGACGUCCUGGCCGCUCAAGUGCAGGACAUGCUGGAGCGAGAACAGCCGUUGCCCCCCUCCAGCAAGCUGUCGAAGGCGAUGGGCAAGGCGAUGGAGGACAUGACGGCCACGGCCAGCGGCAAGCUGAAGAUGAAGAUCGGCUCGUCGCCCGCGGCCAUCUUCACGUUCGUGGCGUCGCUGGUGCGCACCAACCUGGAGUGCGAGCUGGUGCAGCGCGGCGGGACGCUGCUGGCGCACCCGCCGCCGCGCUACAAGUCGCGCAACGACUGCAUCGUGCCGCUC